UCCGCGUGCGGGUCUGGGAUGAGGAGCGGCGGGAAACGGAGCGGGUUUACGGAGUAACGGACCCGCGCGUGACCGGACCGGGACUGAGUGAAGACAGCAGGCACCAUGGAAACAAACAACAACAACAACAACAACAACAACAACAGCGGAGGAGGUCCAGGAGGUGUGAUCUCCUACGUGGGUUCCUGUGGAGGUUCUCCAACCCGGACCAGUCCGGUCUCCAUGUACAGCGACAACUCCGACUCCCAGCCCUGCUUCCCGUCCUCGUCCUCCUCCACCCAGUCCUUCCUCUGCUCCGGUUCAGGUUCUGCCGGUGAAGACGGCUCCUCUUCAUCCUCCUCAUCCUCAGCAGGAGGUUCACCUCGAGGUCGGGACGACAGCGGCUCCUUGAGGGCGUCACCCAGCAACUCUGUGUCCAGUCUGACCAAGCUCAGUGGGAUGGUGCUGCUGUGUAAAGUCUGUGGAGAUGUGGCGUCUGGUUUCCAUUACGGAGUCCACGCAUGUGAAGGAUGUAAGGGCUUCUUCCGUCGGAGCAUCCAACAGAACAUCCAGUACAAGAAGUGUGCCAAGAACCAGAGCUGCACCGUCCUGAGGACCAACAGGAACCGAUGCCAACAGUGUCGCUUCAAGAAGUGUCUGUCUGUGGGCAUGAGCCGAGACGCGGUUCGUUUCGGUCGGAUCCCGAAGCGUGAGAAGCAGAAGAUGUUGGCUGAGAUGCAGAACGCCGUGAACAACAUGGUGGACGAGCGCCUGCAGAGCGACUUCCAGAUGACCAGCCUGGGACCGCCGGCGUCUUCGCCCUGUCCGGGGGUCGCCGUCGCCCCCCGCCCUCAGCCUCCUGCUUUGCCUCUCGCCCCCUCCUCCCCCUCCCCCACUGCUCCUGCUUCCUCCUCCCCUCCUCUGGCCACGCCCCCCUCCUGUCCAAGCCCCACCCUGUUCUCCUCUCCGCCCCCGAGCCCUGGCGUCGAUUCCACCAUCAGCGCCGUCGCUCGUGCUCACCGCGAGACUUUCUUGUACGCUCACGACAAGCUGUCCAGUAACCACACCCACCGCUACACGGAGGCGGAGCAGCACAGCCAACCCAACGGUUACCACGGCAACGCUCUCAACACCAUCUUUAACCACAACCACCACCACCGGUUUCGACCUCAAAACAACAUGGACACGGUGCAUUACCAUCACCACAGCAACGGGAGGCGGAGCUUAUGUAACAGAGCCAAUCAUCUGAUCCAGGGACAGAACUGUCCAAUGAGGAAACGCCCAGACGUUGUACUGGCCUGUCCAAUGAACCUGCAGCCUCACGCCGACCCGUCCAAGACGCCUCAGCAGAUCUGGGAGGACUUCUCGCUGUCGUUUACUCCCGCUGUUAAGGAGGUGGUGGAGUUCGCCAAACACAUCCCAGGGUUUGCUGCUCUGUCCCACAACGACCAGGUCACCCUGUUGAAGGCGGGGACCUUUGAGGUCCUGAUGGUCCGGUUUUCCUCCAUGUUCAACAUGCAGAAGCAGACGGUCACCUUCAUGUCAGGGACCUCCUUCAGUCUGGACCAGCUCCACUCCAUGGGCAUGUCCCACCUGCUGGGGGCCAUGUUCGACUUCAGCCACAAACUGGGAGCUCUGGAGCUCAACACCGAGGAGCUGGGGCUGUUCACCGCCGUGGUGCUGGUCUCUGCAGAUCGUUCUGGUAUCGAGAAUGUGGCGUUGGUGGAGCAGCUCCAGGAGAGCCUGAUUCGAGCUCUGCGUUCGCUCAUGAACAAGUCGACAGUUGCCCCCGGCAACCGCAUGGACCACAUGGACCGUGUGGACAAUGUGGACUCACCACGAUUCACCAAACUGCUGCUGAAGCUGCCGGACCUUCGGACGCUCAACAACAUGCACUCAGAGAAGCUGCUGUCGUUCCGGAUCGAUGCCUGAGAACCAGAACAGACUGAAUGUCUG